AGCCUCUAAGCCGCACUCUGCCCUGUUCUGUCUGCAGGUGGACACAGGAUGCGUCCAAGGAGGAGAAGGCACGUUCAUUCAAAGGGAUGCUGAUAGACCCUUUUCAGCUACAAGAGCACCGCUUUUAUUGAAGUUUUCCCCUUUUCUUUUCUGGUGAUGCUUUGGUAAAAAAAAAAAAGAGGACAACUUGAGGUAAAAAAAUGGCAGAUAAGGACAGCGUGGAGAAAUACUUGGAGAACAACCCGCAGUUCGCCAAAGAGUACUUCGAUAAGAAAGUUCGUGCCGAGGCCCUGACUGCUGCUUUCUCUGAAACUCUUGACAUUAAGGACACAGCUUCAUUUAAGGAUGUUAACGCCAUUCAGGAGGCCAGCAUCAUCUUUGAGCUGCUCCAGGAGCUGCAGAAGCAGACGUGCAUGGAGAAGAGCCUCCAUAAGGUGCUGCAGAGAAUCGUCCUCAUCUUGCAGGCUGACCGGGCCAGCUAUUACAUCUGCCGCUCCAGAAAUGGGAUCCCUGAGCUCUCCACCUGCCUCUUUGACGUGACUCCAACGUCCAAGUAUGAGGCCAACUUGGUGAACCCACAGAGUGAGAUCGUGAUCCCCACUGACAUGGGAAUAGUGGGCCACACAGCCACUUCAAAGAAACCACAAAAUGUCCCUGACAUCACUAAGAAUCCAAAGUUCUGUGACUUUGUGGAUAAGCAGACCGGAUACAAGACCAAAUGCCUGCUGACAUUCCCCAUAAUGGCUGAUAAAGACUGUCUCGGAGUCGUCAUGGCGCUUAACAAAAUAGGAGCUGAUUCGUUCACUCCAGAGGAUGAGAAGCUUUUCCAUAAGUACAUGACAUUUGCUCAAGUCAUCGCUCUGCAGUAUUACACAGCCUACAUGUUCAAUGUGGAGUCCAGGAGGAGUCAGGUGCUGCUUUGGUCUGCUAGCAAAGUCUUUGAAGAGUUGACAGACAUAGAAAGACAGUUCCACAAAGCUCUAUACACAGUCAGGACCUACCUGCAAUGUGAACGUUACUCAGUGGGGCUGUUGGACAUGACCAAAGAAAAGGAAUUCUAUGAUGAGUGGCCUAUUAAAUUAGGAGAUGUGGAACCUUAUAAAGGACCCAAGACCCCAGAUGGCAGGGAAAUUAACUUUUACAAGAUCAUUGAUUACCUCCUAGAAGCCAAAGAAGAAAUCAAAGUCAUACCGGGUCCCCCCGCGGAUCACUGGGCUCUGUUGAGCGGACUGCCAACCUAUGUGGCGGAGAACGGCUUUAUUUGCAACAUGAUGAAUGUUGCCGCAGAUGACUACUUCACUUUCCAGAAAGAGGCUGUGGAUGAAACGGGUUUCAUCAUCAAGAAUGUCCUUUCCCUUCCCAUCGUCAACAAGAAAGAAGAAAUCGUGGGCGUUGCCACCUUCUACAACAGGAAGGAUGGCAAACCUUUUGACGAAUACGACGAGCAGAUCACUGAGGCCCUGACACAGUUCCUGGGUUGGUCUGUGCUGAACUGCGACACCUACGACAAGCUGAACCGUAUGGAGUGGAGGAAAGACAUUGCCCAGGAGAUGCUGAUGUACCAGACCAGAUGCACCACGGACGAAAUGCAAUCCAUUCUGAACACCAAGGAGAAGUUUGACGCAGACCCUGAGGACUGUGACCAGAAGGAGAUGUACAAAUUACUGAGGGCAAACUGCCCGCCGGCAGACAACGUGGAUGGAGAGAAUUUGUACUCGUUUGGCUUCAGCGACUUCCCCGUCUCAGAGUUAGGCCUCAUUAAAGCUGGCAUUCGCAUAUUCUUUGAGCUCGGAGUUGUCGAAAAGUUUAAAGUUCCUGCAGAGACGCUGACUCGGUGGAUGUAUACUGUGAGAAAGGGUUACCGUGCCAUUACUUACCACAACUGGAGGCAUGGUUUCAAUGUGGGCCACACCAUGUUCUGCUUACUACAGACAGGGAAGUUGAGGAAGUACUAUUCUGAUCUUGAUGCCUUCGCCAUGGUGGCUGCAGCUUUUUGCCACGAUAUUGACCACAGAGGAACAAACAACCUCUAUCAAACAAAGAGUGCAUCUCCUCUGGCCAAACUUCAUGGCUCCUCCAUCAUGGAGAGACACCAUUUGGAAUACAGCAAAACGCUCAUGGGAGAGGAGAGCUUGAACAUCUUCUGCAAUCUGCAGAAGCGUCAGUUUGAGACGGUGCAGCACUUGUUCGAUGUCUGCAUUAUUGCCACUGAUCUGGCCCUUUACUUCAAGAAAAGAACCAUGUUCCAGAACAUUGUGAAUGCCACAGAACCAAUGGCAGAGGAAAAGGAGGCCAUCGCCUACAUUUCUAACAAUCCCAUCAGGAAGGAAAUUAUCAUGGCCAUGAUGAUGACAGGCUGCGACCUGUCAGCCAUCACCAAACCCUGGGAGGUGCAGAGCAAGGUGGCUCUAAUGGUUGCUGCUGAAUUCUGGGAACAGGGUGAUUUGGAGAGAACUGUUUUGGACCAGCAGCCAAUUCCCAUGAUGGAUAGAAACUGUGCCGAACAACUACCCAAGAUGCAAUGUGGUUUCAUCGACUUUGUGUGCUCAUUUGUGUACAAGGAGUUCUCCAGGUUCCACAAAGAGAUCCAGCCCAUGUUUGACGGCCUGAACAACAACAGGGCACACUGGAAUGAGCUGGCUGAGGUGUACAAUGCAAAGAUGAAGGCAAUUGAAGAUGAAAAGAAGAAGUUAGAAGAAGAGGAAGCCAAGAAAGCUGGUGGUGGUGGUGGUGAAGCAGGAAAGUCAAAGACUUGUACCAUCUGUUAGGCUUCUUCUCUUCAUGGACCUGGAUUAUUAUGGACUGCUUAGGACUGAUAUCUACAUCUCUAGUCUUUUCUGGUCUGAAAAGUCUUUCCAAAGCCAUGUGAUUUUGGCAUUUUGGCCUGCGCUUCAUAAGCUAGUUCUCUCUCUUCUGACCCUGCAUCCUAGUCUGCUCCAGUUUUCUUCAGCUAGGUUAGCUACGCUGGACAGGAAUGCAUGAGCAGGAGGAAACCUGGGCUGGAAGUAACAUUGGGACUUUGCACAGAGAAGAUCUCAUUGAGAAGAAAUGAGUGAAACCUCCUCCUCCCUCUGGUUUUAAGUGCCACCUGGCCAGGGACAUAAAAAAACAUUGAAACUCACAAUAUACUUGUAAGAUAGUAACAUUUUUAGGCAUGUCUGAAAUCAUGUUGCAAUAAAUUUACACAAACCUCUUAGUAUAGACAAUUAAAAUAGAUAAUUACAAGCUAUGCCAAAGUAAUAGCAUUUAGUAUGUCGUUGGCAUUUAUAAGAACAAUGUAUAAAAGUACUUUAAGCUGCAAAAUGCACUUGGUUGCUGCUGUUUUACCAGCCGACCCACAGAGAGAGUGAAGGCCAACUGGGAGGAUAAAGACUUUUCUAAUGUAGUGAAGGGGAGCUGUUAAGAGCAUUUAUACAGAAAUAUAAUUUUAUUCCCUUCAGCGCAUAGAGAGGGAAAAUUCAAUCUGCUAGCUUUGUUCAUAAUGUAAUGGCAAUAGCACAGUGAACAUUGGCACCAAACUAAUUAGGGAAGAUGAGUUCCUUCCUCCAAAGGCAUUAGUAAGAAUUCUGAUGAUAUAUUUAUUUUAAUAUGUUAUUCAUCUAUAUAUAUAUAUUUUUUUUUUUUGUUUGGAGAGGGAUUCUGGGAAUUUUGUACUUGAACCAUCUUCAAUUUGAGAUUAACUUUUAGAGUUACAGCUGUGGGAUGAUGCAAAGAGUAGAGUUGAUCUUUUUUCAUUUUGUCACAAUAUGAUCAAAAUAAUGUUUUAUGGAAUUUUUUAAAAGCCACCAACCAGUUUUCUUACAUAAUUGUUAAAAAGGAAGGAAAAUUAUGUGAAAGAAAAUCAUUUGGGGUCAUUUUGUUUCUGUAGAGACUAAACAUUUACGGUUUUGUUGUUUUCCUAGAGCUUUCCAUCUUAGCUUUGACUGUAAAUGCAGGGUGGUUGUUCUUCUGGAAGCAUCUAGUCUCCCUUUUUUUUUUUUCCAGAAUUGCCUCUUAUUUACCUAUAUCCAUCUUCCUAUUUCCUCUGUCCAGCUUUCCUGUCUCCCUCCCCAUAGCUUGCUCCUCCCACUGCCAUGUGUCACAGUGAGGAUGUGGCAUUCAGAAUGAUGUUUAUUUUUUGCACAUAGACCAAAAAGUUUACAUUUGCUUUCAUCUGAGUAGAGCACCUUCUUCCAUAUGUUUUCUUUGACCCUUUCAUGGCUUCCUUUUAGCACCGGCUUCCUUCUUCACACUUUUUCAUAAAGCCCAGAUUUGUGGAGUGCACAACUAAUGGUUCUCCAUCCAGGUAAAUCUCCCACAACAGUUCCUCCAGAGUUACCAAGGGACUGUAUUAUUACUUCGCUUUAAAUCGCUCUUAUUGGGUCUCUUUUUAAAUAGUUAAGUAACUUCUGAACGCGGUUGCUUACACUGGGUUUUAUUCAGCAUAAUCAAAGUAAAUGAUGUGCUCGCCUGGAUGUAGUUCUCUUCUACAGAGAUCUAACUUUUGAAUUGAUGUAAACUUGAUUGUAAGAGAAACAUAAAGAUCCACGAGAGCAGCUCCUGCUUCUGAAAGAGUGAAACAGAUCAACAGAUCUGCCUCUCCUUUAAGAAGCUUUAGCAGGAUUUGAUAGCCAGCCAGUGUUUGAGAUCCACACAGCUUUGGACUUUAAAUACCCGUCUUACAGUGAAGCAUUAUCAUUUACAUGAAGAAAAACUGUGAAAAUUGUUUAGUAGCCAAACCAUUACAUUGAUUGUGUGAAAGUUGAACCGUUUCUCUCGCUGAAUGACUUCAUGUGAAUCAAUAUGUGUUUUUGUAAACGAGCUGAUUUGCUCGGGCAUGUGAGGUCAAAGUGCAAGCAACGUCAGCACACCUCCUGGUUGUAAAAAGCGAGGAGCAUCCUGUUACGCAACGUCAUCUCCUCUAAUCAAUGAGGCAUUUAAUCCCAUCAGUACGGCUUUGGGUCUGUGUGGAAACUCCUUGUUUGCUGCCUGAGCUGAACUGAAGAGUUGUUAUAAUUCCUAAGUCCAAACUGCAGGGUUUCGAUGAUUACAUCAAGAAUUUACAGCAUUGAUGUAAUUUCUGAGGUUUCUUCAGCUCGUUCUCAUAAGGGAUAAAAAUAUCCUCUGCUUUUUCUUUGAACAUUUUUGCGAGAUAUGAAAAAUCUUCAGUACAACAUUAGAAGUUCUGUCUUUGAAUGUAUGAAAUAAGCUCAAAUGUAUGUAUAAGUCAUGAAUUGUAAUAUCUGUAAGCAGAUGUAGGAAGUUGUGGAGUUAUGAAAAUAAAGAGUAACUCAUUUCUCAUAA